UCCAGAGCUGGUCUCCGCACCGCGCAGCAUUCAUUCACGGAGAUCUCCUGGAGCCCGAGCCCGGGAGUGCGCCCGUCUUUCUUGGGACAGUCCCUGGAGGUAGAGACACAGAGAAGCGCCCGUGACUCCAGGGCCGCGGCGGGGUUGGAGGCGAGUAUCGCCGCCCCCGCCCCCGCUGCGGUCCCUCCUCCUGCCUGCCCCCCUUCCCGGCCCUGGCUGCCCAGUGCUCCGCCCGAAGGAGGUCCGCCAUAAACAAACGGUGCUCGGUCGCACGUGGACUGCGGAGCAGCUGCGCCUCCCAACAGAUCGCGGACUCCGGCGCGGGGUCUUCAGGCACAGGGAGCAACCAGAGAGGGCAGGAGAGCGCGCCCAGGCCUGGGUCCGGCCCAGCUGUCUCGGUCUAGCUCCCCUCGGCUCGGGUCCGCUCCAUGACUCCGCAGCUGCCGCCGCCCCUGCCGCCCUCCAGAUCGGAGGGGCCUCGCGGCAGCGAGUGCCAACACCCGGUUAAGGACUAAACUGCACCACCGCCUCUUUGCUGGACCUUUAUACUCUAAGAAAAGCUGAGGCCGGGGAGACAGGAGGCUAGAAGAGUGAACAGGAAGCAGGGCUCGGGUCGCGGCAGAACAGUCCAGCUCCAGCCGCAGCCAGAGCACGGGGCGGCGCAGCUGGUUUGCACUGAGCUCUGGGCUGGCAACUGCGGAGAAGUUCCUCGGUGCCCAGACUGGUCCCGCGCGCCUAUCCGUGGCUGGCACCCGGGAUUCACCUGGCCCCCGGGUCCCCUUUCCUGGUCCCAGCUGCUGCAGCCUGAGCGGGACUCCGCGGGCCUGGAGCGCGGCCAAGUCUAAUAUGCCCAGAGCCAAGGCGCGAUGAAGGAGAAGUCCAAGAAUGUGGCCAAAAUCAGGAGGAAGAAGGAAAAUGGCGAGUUUUAUGAGCUGGCCAAGCUGCUUCCGCUGCCAUCGGCCAUCACUUCGCAGCUGGACAAAGCGUCCAUCAUACGACUCACCACGAGCUACCUGAAGAUGCGCAUGGUCUUCCCUGAAGGUUUAGGAGAUGCAUGGGGACAGCCCAGUCGCACCGGGCCCCUGGACAGUGUCGCCAAAGAGCUGGGAUCGCACUUGCUGCAGGUAGAACCACCGCGCCGGGGGGGAGGAGUGCUGCCGCCACCAGUCGCCCUGGCAGUUUCCCGGGCGGGGGCUCCCUUCUGA